CCAUUUAAGACAUGAAGUUGUAUGCAAUCCUUACCAGCACUAUAGUGUAUACACACUGACCCACUCUGUUGUCACCCCCUGUUCCGAGUUCUGACCGCUUGAAGUUUUUGAAUGAAGUACUCCCGGCUACUUUCCGGGGCCACAAAACUGUGCGUUUUUACGUGAGAAAAAGAUUUGCGUUUCAAAGCUUGAUUAAUUUAACACACAAAAAACACCCCGGGCAAAAUUCAUACCUCAGUUUUAAUGCGGCACUAUUUUCCUUCCGUUUCUAUCAAUCCGCGCUGCUGUCAAUGUCAACAGUGCGCACGUGACGAUUAGCUGUUGAUAGCGCGACUCGCUGUCAACAUGUCCGACUACGAAACUUCAGAUGAUGAAACUAAUUUUAGCACAGUGUCAGACGGAUCAGAUGAAGACAGUAAUUUUAACUCAACGACAAAGGGAUAUCUUUAUGAACCGGAGUAUACCGAUGCCGAACUUGAGCAGAUGGACAAAGAACGGGAAGAGAGUGAGCGAGAGGACAGAGAAGUUGUCCAAUCUGAUGCUGGGCCCACCACAGCUGUAGCAAGAGGCAGGAUGAAUGACAAAUGGUGGUGCACUUGUUCCAAUUGUGAAGUUAUGCCAACAGAGGUUGAAAGCUAUUGCUGCCACGAAUGGGAACUCAUCAUGCCACAGAUGCAAAACCUUUCAAUUGACGAGGAGGCCAACGCACCGUCUGUCUGCAUUACAUCCAAUGACGUGUUCCCUGCGAUGCUAAAUGCAGGUGUCCUGGAGACGUUCUUCUACAUCCCUAAAAUAAAUUGGAAAAAGCGACCCAAACCAGCUGGACUUGACGGUCAGAUGUCGGCAGAACAGUACAGACUUGUUGCCUAUCGCAUGGUGACAGAAUGGGCCCUGAAAGGAGAGAAGCUCGGCAAAGGCUACAGACGUGUUCUUCCCUCUUGUGUGGUGAACCUCAUAAGAACAAAAUAUCCAUCACCAAAUGGACAAUAUCAAGGGUUCAAGGAAUCAGAAGAAGCACACCUUUUGUUUUAGAUGUGUUAAAGAAAAAUGAUUUAUUGAACAUUGUAAUUUUUAAUAAUACUUUUUCACAUAUGUACAUAUGUACAGAAUAAACACUGUGAAUGUUUAAAUACUGUCAUCCCUGUUGUUAAGUUAUUUUCUGAGGCGGGAUGUAUGUUGUGCCACCAAGUCAUCUUUGAUUGGCUUUGGAGUGGCUGCAAUAUUGGCCGGCAGGUUGGAUGGAGGAUGUAUCUGGAAAACCUUGUCUCCAAGUGUGACAUUUUUGUCCAGCCGCCGUAACAUUACCUGCUGCACCAAGUCUUUCCUGAAGUCUUGUUUUGUUGGCUCAUAUAGUUUCCUUACAACCCACUGAUUGGAUUGCCUUGAAUAGAAGACGUUGUAUUUGUCUUUUCCUGUAAAUUAAAAGAAGAAAUUGAUCACAAAAACAGUAUUUCCAAAAUAAAUAAAUUUGCCAACAGCACAGCCAAAACAGUGUAAUGUUUGAAAGACAUGAUUAUCCACUAUAAUGCUUCCAAGUAAUAAUGCCCGGUGUUUGGAAAGAGUAAAGUAAUACUUUUUUUUUUCUUUUGUGAACUCAAAACGUCUACAGGUCAAGCCAAGUGAUAGCAUGGCAUGACAGGGUAGUUUAUGCAUUUUUCAAAUAUACAUAGAUGAUCAAUGUUUUGAAACUAGCAAUACAUAUAUUAUAACUUCAGUAUAGGCCGUUAUUACAGUACAUAUAGUAAUUUCAUUCAAGAGCGGAAUGUUGUUGAAUAGCAACUAUCUGUGUUAGUACAGUUUGAAUAGUAAUAGUUAGUACAUGUUGCAAAAUAGUAAUAUUUGGAAUAUAAAUCUCAAGUAACAUAUGGAGGUCAGGAUUUUUCUAAAAAUAUGUAAAGUUGUGAUCAGUGGUAAUGGCGAUGAUGUGCUGUAUCUGCCAUACUCACCCAACUUA